AUGACUCCUCCUGCUGCUCCCACUGCUGUGGCGACCGGCUCAUCGUCAUCAUCUGGCCGGAGUUCUGGAGCUCCCAAGUUGGAGAAUGCGCCGGUAAAUCUGGCAGCGUGGAGAGGGUCAAUGCGGCGCGAACUGCUUGAUAUUCUGCAUGAUCAUGUUCAGGGAACGAAGACUAUGUAUCUCGAUCCGCGUAUUUCUCCGGAGCUAUCCCUGCUGGUGGAAGUGGAAGAUUUAAAGUCCCACGGUGUGGAGUUGUGGAGGAAGCUCGAUGCCAGCUCGGCGGGAGAUGCCGCGGCUGCUCAGGAUUCAAAGCAGAUUAUUUUUAUACUCCAUGCGCAGAGUUCGGAGACGCUGAGCAUGGUAGAUCUCGUUGCAGAGAAGAUAUUGGCGGACGAUGCCAGAAGGAAAGGGAAUAAGGAGAGCGCCUUUGAAAAGACAUACACUCUAAUAUGUGUCCCUUACGUGUCACAUCUGGUCCUUGGCCGUCUACAGCAGAGGACGGUCAUGUCUAGCCUGGUGGAAGUACUACCAUUGCAUCUGAUGGGCCUCUGUGUGGAGGGCGAUGUCAUCACGAUAGACCAGCCGGGCGCAUUCCGUGACUUCCACAUCCGUUCGAAUCCUACAUCACUGUCUCUCCUGGCUGAAGCUUUGCAUGAUUUACAGCGCAAUUUCGGUGCUGGACUGGGCGUCUCUCGACAAGCAGGGCGCAGAGUAUUGAAGAUGAACGCGAUAGGAACAGCUGCCAAGUACGUAGUGGACUACGUGCUACGACUGGCCAAGAAGAUGACGAGACGGAGCCCCUGUGGAUGGGGACACCAAGGCGGUGAAGCCUCUCUGUCGUGA